AUGGCCAGCCUAUCGCAUGAGAUCCUGCGCUUAAGCGUGAAACUACAGAAAGGAGAACAACAGCUGAAUGGAGAGUGGGGGAGGAAACAUCGGCUAUAUGGAGAUCCAAUUCAAGGGUCACAACCACAGUUAAGCAAGGCAUUUUUCUGUCCGUCGCCUACACCGCUUUCCUCCCACACUCGCCCCCAGUCCCGCCUUCCCCUCCCCCAGACGCCCCCCGCCGCCCCGCAUUCCUGCCCCCACUCGGGCCUGCGCGCCUCCGCACCCCGCAGCUCCAGGUCCCCGGUUCGCCCGCCCCCUCUGGCUCGGCUCGCAGCCCGAGGGCCGCCUGCUCCCAUUUCAAAACACGAUAAUAAUAGGGACGCUGGGAAUAACAACUACCACCAGCCCGGCGACGGGGCCCCUCCCGAGGGUCAGAGGUCGGCGCCCCGCACCACUGCAGACCCCAGGGACUCCGGGGAGCCCGCCGUCGCCCGCGCAGCUUCCCAAGACCCACUAACCCACCGCCGCCCCUCAACCCAGGCCCGCCCUCGAUCCUCACAGCCACCCCGGACCGCCCCGGGGACCUCCCUUAGCCCCUCACGGUCGCCAACCCUUGGGACGGCCCGAGGCUCGCCUCGGAGCCCGCCCUCAGACCCUCAUGGCCGCUCGCAGGACCCCCGCGGCCCACCGAGCAGCAUCUCGCGGGGCCCGGCCCGCCUUAGGGCACCCGCGGAGUCGGGCAGCGGAGGAGGCCUGCAGGCCGCAAGGCCGAGGGAACGCCCGGCGCCCGCCCCGACCACCACCCCCCAAGGUCCUCGGCGCCUCUCACCCGGCUCCGAGGGCGACGCGGUUCCGCGGCAGAACGGCGGCGGGGCGCGGGCGCUGCCCAUGCAGCCCGCGGCCGCGUUUCCCGGGCCUCGCGGCCCGGGCGGGAAGGCGGCGGCGCGCGGGCUGUGGGGCUGCUGA